GUUGAAAAAAGAGUAACUUCCCAAUAGAUGAAUAGAUCAAAGACUAAAUGAUGAAAUGCAUUUACUGGAAAAAAUGGAAUAAAUGCAGAAUCUGGAUCAGAGAGAAUUCUUCACUUUCAGUUUUCAAGAGAUAAGAAAAUGUCUUCUCAAAACCACACUGUAGUGAGGGAAUUCAUUCUCUUGGGACUCACAGACAAUCCAGUGUUGGAGAAGAUCCUGUUUGGAGUGUUUCUGGUGCUCUACCUAAUCACACUGGCAGGGAAUCUGUGCAUGAUCCUGCUGAUCAGGACCAAUCCUCACCUCCAAACGCCCAUGUAUUUCUUCCUUAGCCACCUCUCCUUUGUAGACAUUUGUUAUUCCUCCAACAUUACUCCAAAUAUGCUGCACAACUUCCUCUCAGACCAGAAGACCAUCUCCUAUGCUGGAUGCUUCAUGCAGUGUCUUCUCUUCAUUGCGCUGGUGAUCACUGAGUUUUAUAUCCUUGCUUCCAUGGCAUUGGAUCGUUAUGUAGCCAUUCAUAACCCUUUACAUUACAGCACCAGAAUGUCCAGGAACAUUUGUAUCUCUCUAGUCGUGGUCCCUUAUACUUUUGGCUUCCUCAAUGGACUCUCUCAGGCACUGCUGACUUUUCACUUAUCUUUCUGUGGCUCCCUUGAAAUCAAUCAUUUCUACUGUGCUGACCCUCCUCUUAUAAUGUUAGCCUGCUCUGAUACCUAUGUCAAGAAGACGGCAAUGUUUGUAGUUGCUGGUUUUACUCUCUUAAGCUCGCUCUUCAUCAUUCUCCUGUCCUACCUUUUCAUUAUUGCCGCCAUUUUGAAGAUCCGUGCUGCUGAAGGCAGGCACAAAGCCUUUUCUACUUGUGGUUCCCACCUGACAACAGUCUCCAUAUUUUAUGGAACCCUCUUGUGCAUGCACUUAAGGACCCCAUCUGAGAAGUCUAUAGAGGAGUCCAAAAUAUUUGCAGUCUUCUAUACUUUUUUGAGCCCAAUGCUGAACCCAUUGAUCUACAGUCUAAGGAACAAGGAUGUGAUCCAUGCCAUACAGCAAAGGAUUAAGGGAAAUUGUUCAUGAAAUUGCAGUUUAGCCAUCUGUUCAUUUGAAAUGACUAAGUGUCUGUGAUAAGAUAGUGAUUAGCACCUAGAAAUGAGUAAGAGAGAGGUCCUAAAUGUAAUAGAUUCCCUCGUUCCAAUUUCUUUUUGAGGAUCAGCAUCAUUUAGUCUGUGGAACAUUUUCUUAAUUCAUAAGAAACUUCCCUUUUUGUUAAGCAAAGAGUUGUUAGCAACCAUUCCUAGCAACCAGAAUAUGCUGAUAUCCAGAUUUAUAAUCCUAUUUGAAAAAUAUAUUUUAGAAUCAUUUUAAAAGUACUCCAUAUUUUGUCUAAAUAAUUGUAUGCUUCCUUUUAUUUUUUAGUCCUAAGAACCACUGUGGCUUUCAGGAGCCAAACUUAAACUUAGUCUUGGCAAUUCUCUUAAUC